GUCUGUCAAGAAAUCCACUGUCUUACACAGACGCUGUCUGUUGGAAGUCCUCACAGCCCCUGCAUCGCGACAUCACCUGUGGUAAACUACUAUCUACUGUUUUACACAGACGCUGUCUGUUGGAAGCCCUCACAGCCUCUACACAGCUAUACCACUGUUUUACACAGACACUGUUUAUUGGAAGCCCUCACAGCCUCUGCAUCGCUAUAUCAAUUGUAGGAAACUACUAUUUAGACGCUGUCUGUUUUAAAUAUUGCAACUAACACAGACGCUGUCUGUUGGAAUUGCAGCACUCAGUUACAGGCGCUAUCUGUUUGAACUAUCAUUAAUCGUUACUCACCAAUCCCAAGAUUUGGAUUGUGAGCUGAAUCAGCUGUAUUCUUUUCCUCCUAUAAACUCUUUGGAGUGAAUUACAACACCUACGUUCUCCAUCUAACCUUUGUUAGCGGUUGGGAUUGAUAUAACUGCAUACCCUCCCAAAAGGACUAUUUUGGCUCAUGUUUCAUUAAGAUUUGUUUUUCCUAAUAAACCCAUCAUGGCCUCAGAGUUAUCACAUUUGGACACUUGCACUGCAGUCAGUGAAGGUCAGUCUCUUUCCUCUGCUCAGGGAUUAAACACCAUGACUGACACCCUUAAGCAGACAGAGGGCGCCCCAACAGGCACUGAGACCUCCAAUUAUGAACCUCUCACCAGCUUGUCACCAGGGAAUAAGGAGGAAGCAGGGGUGCCUUUAAUUACUGUAACAGCAGAAGAAGGAGCAGGUAGGGAGAGGCAGAAGGCAAGUGAUGAGAAGGGAUGCACUGAGGGAGAAGAGGCAGGAGGAGAAGCAUUUAAAGAGAGACAAGGGACAGAAGAGAAAGGGGUAUAUAGUGACCAACAGACAGAAGGUGAGAAAGAGACCGCUAUAGAAUCAAAGCAGGCAGAGGAAAUACUGAAAUACCAUACAGAGGAACACAAGGAAGGAAAACAGUCAGAUAUACAGGGUCAGGGAGAAGAUGUCUGUAUUGAAAAACAGGGAACAGCAGGGGAGGUUGGGCAUACUGAGGGGCAGAGGGCAGCUGAGGAGCAUGGGCAUAUUGGGGGGCAGGGAACAGUAGGGGAAGUUGGGCAUACUGAGGGGCAGAGGGCAGCUGAGGAGCAUGGGUAUAUUGGGGGGCAGGGAAUAGUAGGGGAGAUUGGGGAGGAGUUUAGGAAUGUUGAGAGACAGGGAGCAGAAGAUAAAGUAUCUAGAGAUAAUCAGGAGACCGAAGAGGCAGUACAGAUGGCAACAGAUGGAGAGCAAGAGGAGAUAGCACAGUGUGGGGGAGAUGAAAGGGCACAGGAGAUAGUUGAGGAUGUUAUAGACCUAGUAGAGCCUGAUACAGUAAUGAAGGUGUCACCCAGAGAGGAGCAAACAAAAGGAGAGUCAGAGACAGACAGUGCUGAGAGGAGAGAAGCAGCAUGUCAUGUAUCAAGUGAGACAGAGGAACAGGUGAUAGAAAGAGAGCAUGGACAGGUGACCACAGAAACAGCAGAUAAAGAUGCAAAGGUGACAGAUGUGCUAGUGCCAGAUACACAAGCACAACUAUCAGGAAGAGGUGCAGAUGUACAGGAGUCAGCUGACCUUAUAGAUUUAAAGGAACAUGUGACUGAUACCCAAAUAAUUGUGGAGAGAACAGAUGUAAAAGGGACAGGCGAAGGCGCAGAGGAAGAAGUGUCAGGACAGGGGAUACUUGUAGAUGUGCAGGUGACAGAUAGAGAGGAAAGGCCUGGUGUACAAAGGACAGAUUUAGAGAAAGCUCCAGGGGCUGCAGUAACAGCAGAGGGCACAAAUGCUAAUGUGCAGGUGCUAAGAGAGGCUGUUAGUGCAGAUGAAGAAUCAACAGGAGAGAUUAUUGGUACAAGUGUAGAGGUAUGUGCUGAGGGAACAGGUGCACUUGUGACAGGUGCUGAUUCCUCAAGUGAGGAGACAGAAAAACCAGCCUUAGGAGAGUUGGAGCAUAGAAAUGCACAGGCAGCAGGUGCGGCAGGAACAAAAGGUGUCAUAGACAGUGAAGGGAAGGGAGAAGCAGCAGCUAAAGUGGGGUUAGUCAGAGAGGCGAGUGCCUCAGGUGAGGAAACAGAAAGGAAAGUGACACCUGAUCCUGCUACGGUCUCUGUUAGGGAGGGGACAGCUGAGCCAGACUGCCCAGCGGCAUGCUGGGAGAAGGAGUGUCAGCACUUUAUGUGUAAUGAUAGGGAGGCGAGGGCAGAUACAGCUGAGCAGACACAGCAAGUGACAGUCACUGGGCAGGACCUCAGUAACAGCACAUCUGAAAUGAGAGACAGGGACAGCAUGGUAGAGGGGGAGACCCCUGUGUCCGAGACUCCCAUAGAAAAGGAGAUCCGGCUGAUUAUGGAGAGGGAGCAGGUCCUACGACAAGAAAGGGGCAUCAGCAUUCCUGUGGGGCAGCAGGAGUUUGUGGAGCUGCGCAGGAAAACUAUAACUGGGGAACAGGCUGCACCUGCGUCCAAGGAGAGGCAGCUGGCAGGAGCACAGAUGCAAAGAGAAAUCCAGCAGGAGACCCGCAGGGAGCAAGACCUUGUACAGUUGGGCCAAGUGAUGGGCACCUAUGACCGUGGGCAGCAACAAGAGCUGCAAGAGAAGAAGAUGAUGUUUGAAAGCUUUGCAACAGUGACCUCAGAUUCUCCCUCCAAAAAAAGACAAAGUGCACCUCUACAAGCUGAGACUGUUGUCGAUGGAGUACACACAACUUCUAACUCCAUGAACUCUGCCGUCCCCAAUCACGUGGCUCCUUUAGUGCCUAGCUCUGGGGGGAAAAAAGGCCCCUCAUAUGCUGAAGCCAAUGGAAGCAAUGUCAUCCUUAUAGAGCACAGUUCCUUGAUACGAAGAUCAGCCCCAGAUGACUCCUCGGUUCCUGCACCUGAAACAAAUCCUCAGUACACUUAUGCGAACCCGCCUCCGGCAGCAGAUGACUCUCCUAGCAAUUCCCCCGGGAGUCCCUUUCUACGUUUGCGCUCACCCAGUCCCCGCUCUCUGUUAGAGAGAGAGAUUGAGGAAGUAAAUGAGAGAGAGAAGGAGUUGAGAAAACAAAGAAGUAGUCUGUAUGGUAAAGAGAAUGGGCUCCAAGAGGUCACUCAGAAAGAACCAGAGAAAAAAUGGGAUGUACUGAGUGGAACCUAUCAGCCAGAACGUCCCAGUUGGAGGAGACUAGAAGUGAACUGGCCGCCUAACCGAGAGGUCACUGCAAAUGAUCAGCAACAAGAGCAGGGAAAGGACAGUCCUCGCACCCGACGCCAGCGGAGCGCUCUCAUACAAAGCUGGGAAUCUGGCACCCCCAGUCCACGCGAUGAGGAAUAGCAAGUGAACUUGUGUGGCAAUACUUCUGCUCUCAGUAUUGGAUGAUAUAUUUCUUCUUCAGAAACUCAGGAUAAGACUGCCCAUUCCUGUCUGCCUUUUCGCAAAAUGAUUGCUGCAAAAUGCCGUCUUCACAUGACUUUAUAAAGACACUUCAGGCCUGUCCUACGUUUCGUGUUACAUGAUCAGUAUCUAAUCUGCCAAUCAACCUUUUGUAAUCUAUAUAAAAUAUAAUUUAUAUUAAAUUGUGGAAAAUCUCUUUUGAGUCCAAAUGUAGAUUUAUAACUUUAGAAGUACAACAGCAGAGUAGGUUCAAGAGAAUAAUACAGUGAUGUAUCUUGUAAUAGAGCUGUCUUAGGUACAGGAGAGUUGUACAUUAAUGGAAUUGCAUAAUAAACAAGCGCAUAAGAUAAAGACAA